GCCCAAUCCGAUUGGCCCAGCAACCACUCGAGCGAGCAGACGCUGUCUCCGUCUCUUCUCCCUUUCCGGCCUUCUUCCCCCCGCCCUCCUCCUCUCCUUCCGCGGCAGCUUCCUCCCCCUAGAAGCUUCUAGACGAGAACCCAACCCAGCCGCAUUAGCCGCGGGCGACGGCGACGCGGUCGGGUCCCGGGGCGGUCUUGCUUGCCCCUCAUGGAUCAGAGGAAGGCCAUCUUCCGCGCCAAGCUCCGCGAGACCAAGGAUAAGCAGCAGAGGCGCAUCGACCCCUCGCUCGUCAGGUAUAAUGAAUACGAUCAGCCCAUCUGCAGGGUCUGCAAUAUUACGCUGAAGUCUGAAGCACUUUGGCCGGCACACCAAGUGUCACGGAAACACCACGAGGCAAAAGCCGCAGCAGCUGCUAAGGCUGCAGCAGGUGCAGGAUCUCGGGGCAAUAGUGCUAGGCAGGAACAACCAGUGGAGCCUCAGAAAGAAAAAUCUUCCACAUUACCUACCAAUUUUUUUGAUAAUCAGGGGACUAAAAGGCAAAGUGAUGAUGCUAGUUCUGAAGGAAGGUCUGUGCGUCGUGAAGUGUCUGUUAUUCAACCGAAGACCAAAGAAGCAAGCACAAAUAAACAACCUGUUAGGCUGGACCAAAUGGCAAAGAAAGGGAGUCAAACCAAUACCAAUGCCAAAGGAAUCCUUCCAGGGAAUUUUUUUGACUAUGAAGCGGAAGAUGAAGCUCCAGCUCCAGCUCCAAAAGAGCUGACUAGUACAUCUGGAAACACCGCUAGUUCAAAUCACAUGCAGGUGAAAGGUGUACCUGAUGGCUUCUUUGAUAACAACAAAAAUGGCAAUGGCAUGCAACCUAGCGAGCCCAGUUCAUUUUCUAAAGAAGCAAAGAGUGCAGAAACUGCUCAGGUAAAAGGAUCAUUGCCAGAAGGUUUUUUCGAUAACAAGGAUGCGGAUCUCCGUGCACGUGGUAUCCAACCUCAAAAAGUCGUCAUGAACGAUGUGUACAAAGAAUUUGAGAAGGAAAUUCAGGAGGACUUGCAGGAAGUUGAUGACCGACUUGAAGAAGAGGAGAUUGAUGCUGCUGCUGAGAGGGAGGAGUACUUGACUCUAGAGCAACAGGAGUACAGGCAGCAAGUAGAUAUGUUGAAGAAACAACUCAUAGAGUCAAAAGCUGCCCGUACUGCUAAAGCAAAUAGCAAACCUGUUGGUAUGGACAUGGAGUCCAGCAGCGAUUCAUCAAGUGAUGAAGAGGAUGACAACACAGAUUUUGCUGUUGACUGGAGAGCACAACAUUUGAAAUGAUGAAAAGAUUUUGUGAUCGCCACCGACCUACCGUGGAAACACAGAAAUUUUAGCAUCCACCAUCAUGCAUCUAAUUGAGAAGUGUAAGCCAGUUCAGGUUUUUUGCAUGAAGAGAAAUUUUUGUAUGUUUACAUCUUUCCUUCUCUCAGUAGUAACCAGUUUCAACAACGUUUGUAGCACCACCACAUUUAGAGCAAUGGUUAAACUUGUUCCGAAAAUGGACCGGGAAUUUCACAUGUUGCUCUUGCUCUUAAUUUUAUACAUACUAAACAAACUGGUUCUAUA